CGGACGCUUCUUCAACAACAUCUAGUCAGCCACCUCGGUAGCUUCCUAGCGGAAACAUUCAAGCUGUUCAGACUGCUUCGGUGUAUAUUUGCCUCUGUAUGUGAAACAUAAUUCUGUCUUUUAACGAGUUUCCCCAUUUAAUGUCAUAUUUCCGUUUAGUCAGGGAACGGUAGCUGGCUUGGUAAAUGAGCCUAUCACUAGGCUAGUCGCUAACUAGCUAGUUUAGCUGGCUAACAUCCCCGACCAUGAGCUCAGCAAGCUACUGCCCUCCUGCUAAAAAAGAGGUCUGCUGGAAGGAGAAAGAAGGUAUUUGGCUGAACGUUGUCGUGAAAGAGGAGGAUGAAGAGGAGGAUGUCACAGUAAACGAAGAAGUAGAGGGUGAGGCUGUUACAGAGAAAGAAGGGGAAGAAAACGAUUAUACUUUUUCUGGAGUGAAUGAAGGAGAGAUAACUGUCAUAUUGAAGGAGGAGGAGAGGGAAGAAGAGGAGACAGAAGAUCUGAGUAACACCAGAGAGAGACCAGACUCUCCUUCUGACAGCAGGAAGAGUCCUUCAGGGAAACCAGACCCCGAGACGUCCAAACCAGCAAGACGACAUCACUGCUCCCAGUGUGGAAAGAGUUUUACUCAGUUAGGGAGCCUGAGAACACAUAAGAGAAUACACACUGGAGAGAAGCCUUACCCCUGUUCCCAAUGUCGAAUGACGUUUACCCAGUUAGGGAGCCUGCAAACGCAUGAGAGGGGACACACAGGGGAAAAGCUUUUCCAAUGUUCCCAUUGUGGAAAGAGUUUUGGCCAGGUAGGAAACCUGAACAAGCAUGAGAGGACACACACAGGUAAGAAGAUGUACCGCUGCUCCCAGUGUGGAGAGAGAUUUACCCGGUUAAGGUACCUGAAAGAGCAUGAAAGAAUACAUACAAAUACACAGGAGGAGAAGACAUACCACUGCUCUCAUUGUGGAAAGACCUUUUCCCAGUCAGAGAACCUGAAAACACAUGAGAGAAUCGAGAGGCUGUGUUCUGACUUGUGUUUUUGACUGAGAAUGUGUGUUUUUGUUUGGGCUGUCAGACUUGAGUUCA